AUGUCGAUUGUGCAACUCUCCGCCACUGGGCGUGUUGCUUGCGAUGGCUCAUUCCUCGACAUGUACGGCAGGCGCCCGGCAGCGACAAUUCAGGCAGUGCAUCCAACGGGCACCUCGUCGCCGCCACCGCUGGCGUCGUGGAGUGCGUUUGCAACACCGAAGAAGGUGCGCGCCGAGGCCGACCAACGGACCGACGCCAACGCGCACGUAGCGGGAGAGCACGUCGCACUCGCCUUCUCACAGGCAUCAUCUGCUUCGUCACAGGAACUCUUCUUCGCCGUUGGUGUGUUCCGCUGCGACACUUGGGCACUGCAGUGGGCCGUUCGCGUUGACACGGUUGGCCAUGGACACCGCGUGUGUGAGGUUUGUUGCCUGAGCGCCCAUACCAUCGUCUUACUUGUUGAAGAGGAUAACAGGAGCAAAAACGCUGGGUCGAAGUGCAGCAGAAAGCUAUACAUCGCUACUAAAGCGGACGUGCCGCGGGUGACAAAGAGCGAGAACCGGCAAUGGCGCUCCUUCUUGGCGGACGCACGCCUGGUGGAGACUGGGUUCGGGAGCGAGGGCCUGUGCGGCGCUCGAGCGCUGUCGGCAACGUCGUGCCUGCUGCUGACGGGCUCCGGCCGCCUUGUGCGCGUGACGCUGACUCAUUCUCCUCAUGUGACGGUGACAACGGAGGAGGUGGCGCUCUUGGACAGCAGCCACAUCGUGCCGAAGAAAAGUGCAAUCACCGCCUGCGCGUUGGCAGUGUCGAGCACAGAUGGGCAAAGUGUGGACGACCCAACCUACGUUGCAGUUUUUGCUGCAGACGGUUCCGCAUGCCAUGUGGUGGAGCUCCCGAAAAAUACAACUGCGACCACUGCUACGAAGUCUUCUGAAACGCCAAAUGCGAGCAAGCCACAGAUGAUCUCCAUGCCUGCGGGAAUGUCAGUGGAGCGAGUCGAAUUCGCAGGACCGCACCUCCUCGCUGUGACGGUUGCCUCCCAGGACAGGCGUACCUUUGCUCUUCACUUCACCUGUCUCGUGCCUUCGGAGUCACCGGCGGGGGCAUCCUUCAGCUGCGCCUCCUUUGACCCGGUGCCAAUGACGGCACACCGCGUUCCGCUGGCGACCAUGUUCAACGCAGAAAGUCAGACCCACGUUGUGCUGGCGGAGCGCCACCGCUGUCACGAGAGUGGCAAGGGCGGUGGCGUCAACAGCAGCACCUCCAGCAACAAUAAAAACAACAACAAUAGUAACGAGGAACCGUGGUGGGGUCGUGUGGAGUACACUGAGUUGCCGCUACAGGAGGGGCCAUACACGGUGGAUGUGCUCCGCACCGCAGUGUGGCACUCUCUCCCAGAGCCGUUCUACACUGCUCUUCCCACCGCCGCAGAAAAGACAACAGGAAUGGCUGAUUAUAGCGGCAGUGGCGAUGAUGACGAGGGUGAGGAUGCUGCAGCCAACUACCAACAGGAGGUGACGCGGCUGUUAAGCCAUCAACAACAACACCACUCGUCGAUUGGGCACCGGGAGCCACUGCGGCUGCACUACGCCCUGGCGAUGGCCACCUCAGGCGAGGGAAAGUCUGACGGCAAGGAUGACGUCGUUGUUAAUGUGCUUGCAAUCGAGACGGCACCGUUUGUACACACGCGGCUGGUGAAACAAUGGCACAACGCCACGCGUGGCCUACGGUUUCUACUCGACGGUGAUUCAUACACAGUGGAUGGACGCGCCCCUUUCGCAGUCGCGUGGAACCCGCAGCACAUGCGACGAGCGCUGCGGCUCUUGAGCCAGGACGGACUUCGCCUGCUCUUCGCAAAGGUUGCCGACGCCCUUCGUUGCUCCUCUAGGCCAGAUGAUGCCGCGUCUCUUUUCUACGGAGCGUCCGCCACCGCCGUGACGGACGUGGCGCUGCAGAUCGUAACGCUGUUCCGUCAGGUUGGCGCCCAUCUGCAGCAGGAGGACGUGGCGGUGGUCGCGCAGUUGCUGCGGGCCUCACGCGAGGCGGGCCAUCUGAUUCUCAACCACACCACCCGGGGAGGCUUGCUGUUGGAAAGUGCCGUGAGGAGCCGCAUGGCAAAACGUGUAUUGGCCGGAGCCAAGAGUCGCAGCAAUACAGACGCGAGUGACGAUGGCAAGGAGGAGACUGAAGAUGAUGCAGCUAUUCUUAACGUUCAAAGUACGCUGCACAUUGAGCGUGCACUCUAUUCCAGGUACGCCACCAACGCAUGGGCGCAGCAACUUUUUGCCAAGCGUAGCGAACACGCAGCUGCUGUAGCUGGUGCUAUUCAACACCUAAAAGCCGUCCUCCCACUUCUACACCAGCAGGAAGGGAGAGAAAAAGAACAGAAGCAGGCUGGCGACAACGAAGAGGGAGAGGAGAGUGCCACGGGGAUGGCAAUGCUGCCGGAUUGGGUGGCGCUGGGCCAACGCGCGCAUGCCGACGCCGCCUUCACCGAGUACGAGUCCGCGCUGUUGCGCCCUUCUAAACUCUCCUGUUAA